AUGAGCAACAUCUCUCCUUCAUUCAGCGCCCCCACCCUUCUGGCCACGUCCUCCUCCUUUCGUCAUUUCUUUCCCCUCGGCAGCACCAAGAAGGCCAAGCCUGUCCUCCCCUCUACCCGUCCUGAGCCUCCUAUGCACCGCAUCGAUAUUACCCACUUCAUCAAUUUCAAGCUAGAUCUCGCCGCAAACAACUACGCUGAGUGGACGCGGAAGUUCUACGCUAUCCUCGCCAAAUACGACUGCGCCCACCAUGUCGACCACGAGUCUGAUCCCCGUCUUCAAGAUGCCAAGUGGCGCAACGACGAUCUGACCAUUGUGUUGUGGUUCUAUGCUACCAUUUGCGACGAGCUCUAUCAAGUGGUGAGGGAGCCGGAGAACACCGCGUAUACCGUUUGGGACAAGUUGUACACCUUCUUCCGGGACAACCAGCCCGGAUGGGCCAUCCACAUCCGCGAAGAGUUAAGCGCCACCGAGCAAGGAGACAUGACGGUGGCCGCCUACUGCAAUCGGAUUAAGGCCCUCGCCGAUGCCCUCGACGCAAGUGAACCAGUUAGCGAUGAUAUGUGGACAUUGCAAAUGAUCCGAGGACUCAACAACCGCUUCCAUGUGCUGGCAACUACUCUUCCCAUGCACAGGCCUUUUCCUACCUUUAUCCAGGCCCGUUCCAUGUUGUUGCUGGAAGAAAUCAAUCUUAAUGCACGUGACAGGGCCAAGGGAUCCUCCACCAUCACCAUUGGCACCAACACCGGCUCCAACUCCACCCCCGGUAGAAGCAACAAUGGGAAUCAAGGCGAUCGCAACGCUUUUUCUAACACCUGGCCUGGACAGUCGGCACAACCGCAACAACGACCCUGGAUGGGCUACUUUGCGCCAUGGGGGGCGCCCUUCCCGUUGCUGAGGCAGCCGCCGCACACUCAGCGGGCCCCUCAAAACGCCCGCGGCGUCCUCAACCCACGCCCAUCUGCUCCAACUCAGGGAUACUCGUUGCUCAACUCCAUGGCAUCCAUCUUUAUGCCGUCGCCUCUUUCGCGGGACCAGUUCUCCGUGAUCGACAGGGCGCCCGGCAACACAAGCUCCACCCCUCCUCCGACAAUGACUAGUACAUGGACUAUGCCGCUAAUCGCAUGUGACGGGUUGCAGAGCCACCAAGGGAAUCAUCGGGAGAUCUAG